UGGUUAUUUAUAGAAAGCGAACUCUAAGUCACAAAUCACAGAGAGGGUGGUCUCUAAGGUGAUAAGAGAAAAAAACAUUUAGAUUGUGAGAAAAUUAAGGAAUAAUAAUGGCCCUUCGAGCUCUAUUUUCACCAUUUCUUGUCUCUCCAAUUCUCCUAGCCUCUCUUCAAUCACCCAAAACCCCUACCACCGUUUGUCCUUCUAAAUCCAUUCGAUGUGCGAGCAAUACCAUAACGAUUGAUGAUCAUACAGUUACUCGACGAUCAGCAAAUUAUCCACCAAGUUUUUGGGACUACAAUUUUGUGCAGUCACUUAGCAGCGAUUACACCGAGGAGAAAUAUAUGAGGGAGGCUUAUAAUAUGAAGGAUGAAGUGAAAGGUCUCAUAAAUGGAGUGAUGGACCCGUUGGCAAAGCUGGAGUUGAUCGAUGCCGUUCAAAGGCUAGGAUUAAAGUAUCAUUUUGAGGGUGAGAUUAAGCAAUCGCUUGAUGAUUUGAUACACUUACACAACGACGCAUGGUGUUCUGAUGAUCUGCAUGCAACAGCCCUCCGAUUUAGGCUUCUUAGACAGCACGGAUGUGAUGUACCCAAAGAUGUGUUCGAAAGCUUCAAGGAUGAGACCGGUAAUUUCAAGAUAUCCCUCUUUGAGGAUGUGAAAGGGCUGCUGAGUUUGUAUGAAGCUUCUUUCUUCGGGUUGGACGGUGAAACUAUCAUUGAUGAAGCCAAGAUCUUCACAAUUGCAAAUUUGAAGAAUAUCAAAGGAGACAUGUCACCGAGUAUGGUUAGAAAAGUUGGCCAUGCUUUGGAUAUGCCCUUGCAUUGGAGGCUAACAAGGGUUGAGGCUAGAUGGUUCAUAGAGACAUAUGAGCAAGAACAAAAUAUGAGCCCUAUUUUGCUUGAAUUUGCUAAAUUGGACUACAACAUGGUGCAGUCUGUUCAUCAAAAGGAGGUUGGCAAUUUGGCAAGGUGGUGGGUGGACAUGGGCUUAGACAAAAUGAGCUUUGCGAGAGACAGGUUGGUGGAACACUACCUUUGGUGCUCUGGAAUGGUGUUUGAGCCAAAAUUUGGAGCUUUUAGAGACAUGGGGACUAAGAUUAUUAGUUUAAUAACAACAAUCGAUGACAUUUAUGAUGUCUAUGGUGCACUGCAUGAAAUAGAGCUCUUCACGGACUUUGUUGACAGUCAAAAAAUCAUUACAAGCAUUCCACACAAUAUAAGGACAUGCCUGCUUGCUCUAUUCAAUACCGUCAAUGAAAUAGGGUAUUGGACACUGAAAAACCGAGGCUUCAACAUCAUUCCUUAUUUGAGCAAAGCGUGGGCUGACGUGUUGAAAGCAUGUCUAAAAGAGGCAAAAUGGUAUCAUAGUGGGUACAAGCCAACAUUGGGGGAGUAUCUUGACAAUGCAGUGGUUUCCAUAGGAGCACCUCUCGCGCUCUUCACAAGUUAUUUCUUAACCACUGAAAAUAUUAAUGAGGAGGCUUUACAUUACAUAGACAAGCUACCCAGUAUCAUGCGUUGCUCCUCUAUGCUUGUUCGACUCACUAAUGAUUUGGGAACCUCCUCGGAUGAAUUGGCAAGAGGAGAUAAUCUCAAGGCAGUCCAGUGCUACAUGAAUGAAACUGGAGCUUCUGAAGAAGUUGCUCGAGAUUACAUAAACAAUUUGGUUCAUGAGACAUGGAAGACUAUGAACAAAGGCAUGUUUGAAAGCUAUCCCUUCUCUGAACCAUUUUUGAGUGCUAAUCCAAAUCUUGGCCGAACAGCUCAAUGCUUUUACCAGUAUGGAGAUGGGCAUGGCAUUCCACACAACUGGACCAAGGACCAUCUCAUUUCAUUAUUGGUCCAACCCAUUCCUCUCAAGUAAUGGGUCUUGGACUAAAUGCAUGCUUUGGCUCAAGGAUUGAAUGCCAAUCCUUUGAAUAUCUUUCCUUGUGUGUGUUUAUGUGCAAGAAGUUAUUUGGUGGUAUUGAGCCCCCAACUCCUUUGGAUGUCACAUAAUCAUGUGGGGUUUGCUCUUAAAUGUAAGCAGUUUAUGUGAUUGUGUGAUUUCUAAAAUGUUGAAUAAUGUUGCAAGAACACUGUUGCUUGCUAGACUAUAAGUUAUCUGAAUUCUUUUGAGAAUAAUCUCCAAUCCGACAUUGUGUUUGGUGGACAUGCUUAGUUAGCUUGUGUUUUAUACCAUUAUUUGUUGGGUUUUUCUUGUUGAAAA